AUGCCAAAAAAACUUGGUAAAUUUACAAAUUUUAAUAUAUCGAAAAGAAAUUUAAUGUUUAAAUUGAGCAAUGAACAACCGCAUCGAAUUGUUGGAUAUUAUGUUCUCCUUCCAGAUUUACCUGAUCAAACUAUUCAGAAUAAUAUUUUUUUGGCAAACAUUGCAUCAAAUAGUGAUUGGCCAGCACUUAAUUCCGCUACGCCAAAGGAGGUGUACGAAGGUACAUUGAGAAUGAUUAUGGAAUAUGUAAAAGAAGAAGAACAAACUUUUGAAACUGUUGUUGAACCGCUUUUAGAGGAAGAAUGGGAAAUAAAUUACGCAUACCAAGCACUUAUGUUAAGAAUGUUUACAAAAUGGCCGAUUUGUGCAAAUUUCGAAUUUCAGUCUGAUUUGCAUCAUAUUCGACUUUUUUUUGCCCAUAGUAUCAUGGAGAAACUAACGAGUCAAGUUUUUCGGAAUGCAUUGAAGAAUAUAUAUGAUAAGCGCGAUAAUCUUAAUGAAUGGCAAAUUAGAUUAUUAGAAUAUUACUUAUUAGAAGCAAAAGCGAAUGGCAUUGAUCAAGAUGAUAAGAAGAGUCGAAAAUUGGUCGAAUCUUGGUCACGUUUCGUUCAUGAAUAUCGCACAAAAUAUCUUAUAAAUAUUCUGGCAACAAAUGAUCGUUUAAUGUAUACAAUUAAGAAUAAAGCAGAUCUAAUAGAUGCUCCUCCUCACAUCCUAAAAACUCUCGCUAUUGAACCAUUAGAAUAUGAAAAAGGACCAUGGCGUGUACGAUUAGCACCAUCUUCUGUCAAUGCUUUCAUGCAGUACUGCAGAGAUCGAUCCUUGCGUUUCGAAACUUGGGAAAGAUGGGCUUCAUGCGCAAGUUUUCAUCAGGAUUAUUACAACAAUUCAAUCAAUAUUGAAGAAAUAAGGCAUAACAAUGAAGGUUUGGCGAAAAUCUUAGGAUACUCUUCAAUUGCGGAGCACAGGUUAGCAAACAAAAUGGCUGGGACUAUUGAAACAGUUCGAGAUUUUAUUACAUCGCUUCGUCGACGCAUGCGUCCAGUUUAUUUCGAUCGUAUGGAGUCAUGGACUUCUUACGCGAUGUCUAAAGAAAAUUUUUCCGGUCAAAUUCAGCCAGCCGAUCUAUUUUACAUUUGUAGAAAAGAGGCUGAAUCGCACUUCGGUUAUACCUUUCUUGACAUUUCGGAAACAGCAUUGGAACGAUGUCAUACCGACGUAAGGAUUUAUUCCGUCGACGAUAUGAUUUCCGGUCGUAAGCAUCUUGGUCGCCUAUAUGUUGACCCAUUUGAUCGAAUAAAUAAACGUGGACAUUGGAGUACAUUGCUUGGAAGAGCUCCUUCUGAAUCUCGUGGUUUGGAUAAAAUUGUUUAUCUAUUCGGUGCAGCCGAUGCUCCUAAAUCAGAUUCUUCUUCUCCUCUUCAUUAUCUACAACUUCAACAGUUGCUAUUUUACACUGGCCGUGCAGUGCAAUUGCUUUUAUCAGAUGCUCCUUACAGAGAUUUAAUGGUGCCGUGGCCACCUAUGUAUGCUGCAGACUGGGAUGCCGUUGAUAUGCUUCCUUUCUUCAUUUAUAAGCCAAAACUCUUGUGGGCUCUUGCUUCAGAAAAUGAAAAAACAGGUAUUCCAUUUGCUGAGGCCCAGGCUGAUUCCGUAUCACAUGGUCUUGCUCGUGGAACACUAUGGGAAUCGUAUAGGACUUUAUUUUGGGCUGAUUUUGAUCUUACUUUGUUCGAAAUGGAAGAUAGAAGGAAGAAAUUUUGGCUGGAUUUGUAUCGUGAAAUGUACAAAGAUUAUUUUCCAUUCAAGAUGAAUAGAAAUGAUUAUCAUCCGUGUUCAUUUACUCCAAUAAUGGGUUCACCCCCCUAUAUGAGUAUGUAUUACAGGAAGCUUUGGGUUGAGAUGUUGGCACUAGACUUACAUGAAGCAUUUGAUAACGAGAACGACGUAAGCGCCACUGGGGAACGAUUGAAAAAUACUAUAUUAAUCCAUGGUGCUAAAGAUUUACAAAGCGAGUUAUACAGACAGUUUCAGGGAAGGGACCCAAGUAUUGGAUCAAUGAUUGAUUUCUACGAUCCGCCAGCAUAUUACGACUACAACAGUGGCAGAGGAACAGCCACAUUUGGCUUUUAG